AAAAAAUUUUCCGGGUCAGAAAAAUAAAUGAAAAAUGGAAGGUCUUCUGUAUGCUUUUGUGAUUUAUGCGACUUUUGCAUUGGCAAACGGUAAUUGUCAAGGAAGUGAAAGUGACCUAUGCGAAUUACCACCUAACACAACAGCCAAUUCAACCUCUCAGGAAUCUACUGAUGGAAUCAGCAUUGAAAUUAUCGUAGGUUGCGCAGCUGGAGGCAUUGCAUGUAUAGUACUUAUCGUUCUAUUAGUUUGUUGCAUAAUUCGGAAAAGAAUAAGGAAUCGAGAGAAGUUUAGGGAGACAUACACAAAUUAUACAUACAAUGGCUUUGAAAACAACUGUGAGCAUACUGCCACCUCAUUGUAUGCUAUCACUAUACCUGUAGAUGAAUUGGGAUACACGCCAAAACAAAAACAGCAAUCUCCUUUACCACUGACAGACUCAAAAGGGAAGGAUACAGCAAACAUUCAUUAUGACGUGCCAGCAAAUAAACGGCCGAAAGGUAUUGGUGCAUCGCCAAUGCCUGGGUAUGCAGUUCCAAAAAAAAGUUCUAUAAAGUAUCAGAAUGGCGCACCAUCAAAAACUAUGUAUUCAGUUCCAACAAACAAACAUGUAAGUUUUGAGCCAUCAUCUUUAUACCCUGGGUACGAUGUUCCGAAAAAGAUCACCGAGUGACAAAUUACUUUUGUGACAGGGUAUUUAAAGUAGGAAAAAGCAUCACACGUGGUUUAAUCUGAACACAGUUCCACGAUGGACUUCAGUUAAAAGACAAAACAUUGGCUUGGUCUCGUCUAUAUAGAAGUGGGUUGGACACAUCCUUUGUAAAUCAGCUAACGCAAAGAAGGAAUGAAAACAUAACGAAGAAACUAUUAGUUAAAUUGAACGCAUUGACAAACUUAACUGUUUGUACGCUAAUACAUCUUCCUUUGUAGUGUUUUAUGUUAAUAGUUUAUGCAUGCACUUUUUAAAAGAGCUGUUGGUCCCCUGCCCCCUUUUCCUCCUCAUCCUAGUACAAUAUCAGAAUACAUUGUUUUUAACAGUCUGUAUAUCAUGCCUUUAUUUCCAGAAUUAUUUUGCUUUCGUUGAAUGAGGAUAACUACCAGAUAUUGUACAACGAAUAAACUUUAAAACACAGUUUAUAGACAGGUUUAAAUAGAAUAGACCACCAUAUCAAGGAACUUGAUUGAAAUGAAAUCAUGGUUAUAAGGAAGUAAUUUUAAUUCGUCCCAUUACUCAUAUGCAUAGUACAUUGCUUUUUAGUUUUUUCUUAUAUAAAGUGCUUUAUAACCAUUUAUCUCUAACUUCCUUUCCACCAAGUUUUAUUUUAAGACAUUUCUUACUGCACAGGAAAUAUCGUAUUGGACACUUCUUUUUUAGUAGCCUUCUCUCAGUAACGCUGUGCAACAACCUAUUGUAACGUACGGACGACAGUAAACCCCUACUACGCAACUAAAGGCAGUUUAUGAAUUAGAGUGUAAUUGAUAAAAUCAGUUAUGCCAAAAUUGCUUUUGGUAGCCAUAGCCAUUUUAAAACGAAUUUGAGUGUGAUUUACAAAUUGCAUAUGCGAUUUGUCUUUUCAAGGAUGUAUUUUCAUUUUUCAGUGUCGUUGUCUGUGACUAUUUAAUAUAGUACAGUGUAUUUCAUCAAUGACGCAAAUGAUAUAUGUACCAAGUGGGUUUGCAUUAUUAUAUGAAAUGAAAAUAACGUAUGUCACUAAUUAAAUAUUAAAUAGUACAAUAUAAUAUAUAAAAAAAUAAGGAAUCAUUGUUUGAAUAUUUUGAGCAAAUUAAUACGGUAAUGGCAAUUUCAUAUCUAAUAUCGUUAAGCCCUUUGCGCUUUAUUGGAUUUGAUCUAGCCCUGACCACUUAUAUCCCCUCAUAAUACCACAAAAAUAAUUUCUUUUUUACCUAAAUUAUUGGGGUUUUUAUAUGGCAUAAUUUGUAUCCAAAUAAAGACUUAAUUUCUUAACUUUAAAUUGAGUAUAAACAUUUUCAAAAAAUGUUACGUGCCAAGGGAUAGGAAGAGGGAUGUACAUGUAAAAGUUGUACACAGGGAAAAGUGGCUCGGAUGAUUUUCCUGUGUGUUCCUUUUCGUCUUUUUCUCAUGAGAAAUUUUUUUAUGAAACUCAUGCGUAUUUCAUAUGAGAUUCAUGCGAGCCACUUUUGCCCGUGUAGCAUGACACAAUAACUCCAACCGUUAUCCAAAUGCUGCAAAGUUAUUGAAAUGUAAACAUUGAUCGUUUUAUUUAUUUGGAAUUAAAUAUUUUGAGCCCCCCCCCCAUGGUACCAAAUAAAUUAAUACCCUCCUUCCUCCAGAUAUAUUUCUAAAUCCCACUGUCCCAACAAACAAAAAUUAAUUCAACUCUUUAAAGGUAUAUGUGGCGUAUUUGGAUUAAAAUUUAUAACAUGCAUUUAAGUAAAAAUAUACAUCAUGUGUCUUCUAAUUAGUAUUUUCACAAACUCUGGGUCCAUAAAACAUGUUACAUAAUGUCUUUAGUUAUUUGUCUCUUAACUUUGUUACACGUCUGAUGAAUUGUAAUGUAAUCCGCCAUUUAUAAAGCCACUGCACAUGAGUGCGGGAAAACCCAGAACUGAAAAAACGAUGGAAGAAAAGUUUAUAAUCAAUUACGUGUAGAAAAUUAAUACAAUGUAUCCUAGCGAUAGACGGUCAUGGCCAUGUUUAAGUGCAUUUUUAGCCAGGCUUUGCUGAAAGCAGAGUCCUGGCUGUAGGCAGGCAAAUCGCCAAUUAUACUAUAAAUAGCACAACUUCAAAAGUAAACAAAAAACCGAGCAGCGUCAAAGUAAAAAC